AUGACAAACACUGCUCGGAUGACAGAAACGAUGCGUGGCAAUCUAUGGGCAGAAACAGCAGAUACAGCAACAAAAUUGGACACAGCACUUGUCUAUCAACGUGGUGAACAAAAGUCACAUCAAAAAUUCUGGAAACGAGAAGCUAGAUUUGCAAGACAUUUGAGAACGUUUAGUGAAAUGGCAGUGAUCAAGGUACACACAAAGAUCAAGGGUAAACUGAAAGACCGUGGAAGAACAGUUAUGUUUGUUGGAUACGCAGAUAACUCCAGCGGAGACACUUACAAAUUCUAUGAUCCAAAGACAAAGCGAAUCAGUUCAAGUCGAGAUGUGUCAUGGUUGAACAAGAGCUACGGAGAUUGGAAGGGAAUCAAGAAAACCAACACACUACGAUUGACACAGGAAAUUCUAUUGGAAACGGUCCAUGACAAUGAUAUUACACAAGCACCAACAACUCACACCAAUGACGCAAACAUAACAACGCCAGAACCGGGACCGAUUCCAACAGCUGCAGCACCAGCAGAGACGGCAACAAUACCAGCAGUACAAUUGGACUCGGGAGCAAAUCCACAACGAGUUACACGAUUUGGGCCAACGCAACAACCGGCGACUACAGCACCAAUUCCCAGAUGGCAGCAAGAUUUACGAACAUGGGACACGGACCGACAUGGGACCCAACCAAUACUUCGUACUCGGACCCAAACGAGAUUGGCAACUGCAAAUUCCAAAUCAGGAAGGGAGACAGCAACUCGUGUUCGAACAACAGAAGUGCCAACGGAAGAAGAAGAAGAAAUCGACUUCACAGGGGAUCAAAGUGGACCACUAUUCAAUGAAAACGAUGUUGCAAACAUGAUGAUGAAUCCGGAUUUACAGUGGCCAGAUCUAGCGCUACAAGUGACAGAAGAAAUGAUGGAAAAUAUUGUGGAAAACGAAGAAGCGGAAGACACCAACUACAAAGAACCAAAGAACUUCCAAGAAGCAUGGAACCAUCCAGACAAAUAUCGAUCGAUCAAUCGAUUGAUGGAUUGA